AAUGAGGUCAACCCUAUCCUCACUAUAUGUGAGGUCAGACUCGUUAAAGUCCUCUAUCCGGAAGGAUGUCAGGUAACCGUUAGGUUAGGGAAAGUGAUCACAGGUUAUCAACCGGUGAUUGGUAUGUAUUUCGCUGAAUCGCAAAUCAUAUCGAAAUCCACUUUCGCUGAGUGCGAGGAAAUAGAUGGACUCAAACAGACCUCUGGUCUUCAAAUGCUGGCCUUUGGAGACUAUAUUAAUCAAACGUGUCUGUCAUCGGAAAUCAACCCUGAUACUGUGCCUUAUUUAAUCGGUGAUCGCAAAGUGUUUUGUUUGGGAGAUCAGACCACUAAAUAUAACAAAUCGCUUACUUAUCCGCAUUCAUUUGGGCAUGAAAUAUCCAGUGCUCGAACGCCGACUACUGUCCACAAGACGGAAGACUUGGAUUACUGUAUGUGUCUCUUCAAUGGCAGUUCAGCCCUCAAAUCAGUUUCUCUGAACGUCGAGUACAUGAAGCUAUUGAGUUGUGAUUCAGACUUUGUUGAUGUGCCGGAUAUACUGAAUUACACCGCCGUUACCGCUGAUGGAGCCCACACUCUCAGCAUAUCCGUCCAAAUUAUAUACCAGAAUAGGAUCACUAUGUUUGGUCUAAAUGUCUUACUAUAUAUGGGACGUGUCAUUGGUGGCAGAGAAUUAAAUAACCAGUACUUGAUUUCUGUGUCCAUAUUCACACCGACAGAAAGGAUCAAAUGUCUCACAGAACCACAUCUCGACUCAAUCGACGGCUCCACUAAAGUAAUGAUAACUGAUUUGUUGACAAUCAAGCAAUACAUCAGAAAACUUCGUCUACUGAGGAAUCUAUCAGAUAUUUUUGCAAACAUUCCUCCCAUUACCCUAUGCUGUGGAUCUACUGUUUAUAGUUAUACACCCGGCCUAUCAGACGGAACUAUUAGUUGUCCCAGUUGUUAAUUUUGUUAUAAUUAUUUAUUUAUUUAUUUAUUUUCAUACUUUAUUUUUAAAAUAAUUAUUUAUUUUAUCAAUUAUCCAGAAUAAAAGUUAUUAAUUUUUUGUUGUGAUGUAU